UAGAAAAGCCCACUCCCCCCCCUUCCGCCUUUUCUCCAGUACCUCAGGGGAAGCGGCUGGGCUUGGCCCGCUUGCCCUGCCUUGACCCAGAGCCGGGAUCUUUCCCAGGUCCACAUCUGGGGCGGAAUCCUUUAAUGUUGAGGGGCAACCGCUGCGCCUCAGGAGGCCCCUUUCUCAGAAGGCAGCGCGCGCCCUCCUUUCUCCCCGCGUCCCAGACACCAGCUGCUGACCCCGGUCCUCUGCCCUCCACGUCUCCUGCCCGGCGAGCUUCAGACGAGCCGCCCGCCUCAGCCGCAGCCGUCUCUUCCCGCCGUCCGCCCGUCAGCCUCUCUCUCUCUCUCUCUCUCUCUCUCUCUCUCUCUCUUCCUCCCCGGUUUCUGGUUCCCUCUUCCUCGUCGUUUCUCGCCUGGCCAGGCCAGCCCGCUCUCCGCUCGCCCCUGGGCGGCAUCUGGUGGCCCCUUCCCAGCCCUGCCGGCUCCGCUUUCCUGCCGUCCCGCCGCGGGGGCGGGGGGAGGCAGCGGCCUCUCCGCCUCCUCCCUCGCCUGCAGCGCGCCCGGCGGCGGCCAGAGCCCGUGCGGCGCGGAUCGCGAGCUCCGAGGGACGCCCGAUGGUGCCGCGCGGCGACGGCGGGGGAGGUGCCAGGCGCCUUCUGCUGCUCGCGCUGCGCUCGCCCUCGCGGAGCCUGCGGCUCUGGCUGCUGCUGCUGCUGCUCCUGGCGGCGCUCGGGCACGCGUGGACCUACCGCGAGGAACCUGAGGAGAGCGACAGGGAAGUGUGUUCCGAGAGCAAAGUCGCCACCACCAAAUACCCGUGUUUGAAGCCCGGCGGGGAACUCAGCACCUGCUUCAGGAAAAAGUGCUGUAAAGGUUAUAAGUUUGUUCUUGGACAAUGCAUUCCCGAAGACUAUGAUGUUUGUGCAGAUGCUCCUUGUGAACAGCAGUGCACCGACAACUUUGGUCGAGUCUUAUGUACGUGCUACCCUGGUUAUCGGUAUGAUCGUGAAAGACACAGGAACCGAGAAAAACCCUAUUGCUUAGAUGUUGAUGAGUGUGCCACAAGCAGUGAGACUCUCUGCCCCCACAUCUGUGUAAAUACUCUUGGUAGCUAUCGGUGUGAAUGUCACGAAGGAUACAUACGUGAAGAUGAUGGGAAAGUAUGCACCAAAGGAGAUAAAGCAGGCUUUUCUGAGAAGGUGGACAAUGUGGUGAAACCAGGGGCUUGUUGUGCCUCCUGCAGAGAAUUCCACCAGAUCAAACAGACGGUACUGCAACUGAAACAAAAGGUUGCUUGGCUACCAAAUAAUGCUGUUGACCUUAGCAAACCAAUCACAGGAGAAAAAGUACUUGCAUCCAAUGCUUACAUACCUGGCCCUCCUGGGCAGCCAGGGGAUCAGGGUCCUCCAGGGGUUGCAGGUCCAAAAGGGAGCCCUGGAUUCCCUGGAUCCCAGGGUCCUCCAGGGGUGCCAGGCCCUAGAGGAGGCAUGGGGCCGAUGGGACCGUCUCCAGACCUCUCUCACAUUAAACAAGGCAGAAGAGGGCCUGUGGGUCCUCCAGGUGCACCAGGAAGAGAUGGAGCAAAGGGUGAGAGAGGUGCACCAGGAGAAAAGGGUCCACCCGGGCCACCAGGUUCCUUUGACUUCUUGCUGUUGAUGAUGGCAGAUAUCAGGAAUGAUAUUGCUGAGCUGCAAGAGAGGAUCUUUGGACACAGGACUCAUUCAUCAGCAGAGGAGUUUCCACUACCUCAGGAAUUUGCUAACUACCAGGAUGUAGACAUUGGAUCUGGAGAGGACUAUAAACAGAGGACUAUACCAAAAGACACCAGAACAUCUGAAGAAGGCAAUCAUUAAAAAAGGACCUCUGCUUUGGAAAGAGUGAAAAGGGGUUGGGUUGUGAUCCACAGGUCACUUAAGCCAGCUUAUUUGCACGCACCCCAGCUUAGCAGUAGAAAAAUCAGUGGACAGUAAGAUCGUGUGUCAGGAGGGUUAUUACAUUUCUUUCCCUAAACAUUAUGGUCCAAACAAUGAGGUAGGUUAUUAAGGAUGCUAUAUCAAAGUCUUGUCUUGCAGUUUCUUCCUAUAUCAGAGUUCCGCUUUUUUUUUUUUAACCUCUCAGGGUUCUGGGGAAUUUUGGGGGGAAUUUUUUGGGGUAUUUUUGAGCUUACUUUUAUUGCCUGCCCACACUUCCCAAUCUGAAGAAGCCCUACAGGAGGAUUAACACAGUGCUUUUCCUUUACGUUUAAAGAAAGUGUAGGAAUCAGGAACUGGAGAGCUAACUGUACAGUGGGACACCCACUAGAAGAACAGGCCAAAGUUAUCUUAGUCCAGAACCUUCUUAAAAUGGCCAAUCAGUUGCCUCUCAGAUGCCCACAAAGAAGAGACAGAAAAAUGCCUCUUCUAACCAAUCUUCCCCCUGCAGAGAUACUGGCCUCAAGCCAGUGGUGGGAUUCAAAUAUGUGAACAACCAGUUCUCUGUGUGGAUGUUGCUUCCGGAAGUCCAUUCUGGGCCUGGGCAACAAAAAGUUAGCUACCGGUUCUGCCAAAGUGGUGCGAACCGGCUGAAUCCCACCACUGCCUCAAGCCAGAGAUAACGUUGCAUCUUCAUCAUGAAUGGUCCUGUCCUCCAUGAACUUAUCUAAUCCUCCUUCAAAGACAUCCAAUGAAUGACUAUUACUCUUUCUUGUGGGAACAGACGCAUGAAUUUUACAAGAAUUUACUUAUAAGAAUUUCAUUGGAAAUUCUUUUUUCCUUGGAAGAAAAAAAAAUGGUUUUCAUCAAACUGAAUGAGAACUAAUAGCAACAGAAAAGUGGAGGCAUCUUUCAGCAUAGCCUGAGUGAUUAACACCCAGAGGAAGUUUUUGUAACUAGAAUAUCCCACUGAAAAUUGCAUAUUUGAGUGUUUUCUCUAGAAAAGAAUACAUUCUUUUAUGUGGAGACCACUAAAACUGCUCUGCUAGAAAGAAAAUACAAUCAUGUGACCAUGGGGGAGGGGUCAGCUAUGUCACAGUCAAGGUUGUCUGCAUCAUGCAAUAGAUCAGGGGUCUUCAAACUUGGCCCUUUUAUGACUUGUGAACUUCAACUCCCAGGAUUCCUCAGCCAGCAUGCCACAAGUCAUUGAAGGGCCAAGUUUGAAGACCCCUGCAAUAGAUUAACAUCAGCACAACAGGGAUGAUCUCACAUCUGCAAUAGCAAAUGUUCUGAAAGAGGCAGGAUAGCUCCAAGUGCAUCAGUGUAACUGUCCAGGUAAAGAAACCUGGAUAUUGGCUACAGUACUGUGGCCGAAACGGUUUGUAAAUUGCACUGUUAAAGUUGUACUCUAUUUUAAACAUGCACUGAUAAUGUAUAAAGUUAUAUAAAUAUUUUAUUGUUCAACACUU